AUGGUUGCUAUCACGGUCAAGCUGCUCUUUGUCGCCAUCGUAGCGUUAUCAUUGGCCAGCGUCGCUUUGUCUGCGUCUUUCUCUGUCAACAAGCUGAGUCUCGCAAAUGGAAGGACGAGUGCCACGCCUGGGGAGAGGAUCAAUGUCCAUUUCGAAGCCACCUCCACGCCCAGCAGAAUGUCACAGUAUUCAGUCGCCUUCGCCCUCACCACUGCCCAAGACAAGGCCCUAGAAUCCGGUGUUGGCUCCUUCCCUUUCACGGCCGUCGACCUUACCAAGCUUGUUCCGCGACAGGUGAUCACUCAGAAAGGAUUUGAUGUUCCAGUCUCUCUCCCAUACGACCUAAGCAAGGACAAAGCCGGAGAGAAAUGGAAGCUGGCAGCGGUGAUCUUUGGUGCGGCAGGCGAGGACGGGCUCAUUUACCUGGCGUAUUUUCACACUGGCAUCGACAUCAGGUUCUCCUGA